AUGAGCUCCCAAAUUCAUCAGAAUUAUUCCACUGAGGUGGAGGCUGCCAUCAACCCCCUGGCCAACCUGCGUCUGCGGGGCUCCUACACCUACCUCUCUCCCGGCUUCUAUUUCAACCUCAACAAUGCAGCUCUGGAGGGCGUGGGCCACUUCUUCCUGGGGUUGGCCAAGGAGAAGUGCAGGGUCUCUGAACAGCUCUUGAAGAUGCAAAACCAGCGUGGUGGCCGUAUUCCCUCCCAGGACACGCUGAAGCCUUCCCAGGAUGAGUGGGGCAAAACUCAGGAUGCCAUGGAAGUCACCGUGGUCCUGGAGAAGAAUCCGAACCAGGCCCUUUUGGAUCUGCAGGCCCUGGGUUCUACCUGCACAGACCCUCAUCUCUCUGACUUCCUGGGGAACCACUUCCUGGGUGAGGAGGUGAACCUCAUCAAGAAGAUGGGUGACACCUGA